GAAACUCUAGUCGCGACUGGCAGGGCGCUCUAAAUCCUCCCCGGAUGUUUUCUAGCGUAUCCCUGAUAGAUAGUUCGGGGGGUCGUGAAUCAAACAUCUUGAGGGUCCGAGUUCAUGGCUUAGGAUGACGAGUUAUCCUGGACAAGAUCUACACUUAGUGAGUCCCUUCCUUCAUACCUUUUACAUGUAUUACAAGCCUCGUUUUAUAACCUUUGAUACACAAUUAGACGAAGCUCUGCGUGAACAAAAAAUAUGUCGUGUGCUCCGCCGCUCCGUAUUAUGCAAGGCAUUGACUAAGAAGAAAGUAUACGGAACUCGGCUCGUUUGACCUGGAGGGCUUAAACGAUGGUCCAUGUACCAGACCAAGACCGCACUGUAUAGUGCACAACACUGCACGCUCCUGAGUG